UCAGAUUCUAGCUCGCGUCCGUGGAAGGUUUGAGAAACUUUUCCCCUACACUUAACACUACACGUGAACGAGUGAAAGUAUAAUUUGAAAAAAAAAAUAUAUAUAUAUCAUGGCUACAAUAAAUGGAGAUCAGUGUAAUAAUACCAAGGCGAAAAAACCAAGACCUUUAUUAGCUAGAACUUGGUCAGAUAAUUAUGAAAUAAAGGAUGUUGAGAUACCCGGAUCGCCUCAAACACCUAGAACUUCUACUACUCCAGGUCAUGAGAAUUGCACAUUCCACCACGAUCUAGAGCUUGACCAUCGACCUCCAACUAGAGAAGCUAUGCUGCCAGAAAUGUCUAGAGCUUACAAGCUGCUUCUGGGUUCACUUGGAGAAAAUCCGGAUCGACAAGGAUUGUUGAAAACGCCUGAACGAGCUGCGAAAGCCAUGCUAUUUUUCACGAAAGGUUAUGACCAAAGUCUCGAAGAGGUUCUUAAUGACGCUAUCUUUGACGAGGACCAUGAUGAAAUGGUUGUAGUAAAAGACAUCGAAAUGUUUUCUAUGUGCGAACACCACUUGGUGCCUUUCUAUGGUAAGGUCUCCAUUGGAUACUUGCCUUGCGGAAAAAUUCUGGGACUUAGUAAAUUAGCUAGAAUCGUUGAAAUUUAUUCCAGAAGGUUGCAAGUUCAAGAGAGAUUAACUAAACAAAUAGCUGUAGCUGUAACCAAAGCUGUUCAGCCUGCGGGUGUAGCUGUAAUAGUGGAAGGAACACAUAUGUGCAUGGUUAUGCGAGGAGUCCAAAAGAUAAACAGUAAAACUGUUACUUCUACAAUGUUAGGCGUUUUUCGAGACGACCCUAAAACCAGAGAAGAAUUUUUAAAUUUAGUUCAGUCUAAGUAAUUUUUAUGAAGAUAUAUCUAAUCGUUUUGACCACAGGGUAUAAUUGAAAAAUUCAAACUUAACAGUAUUGGAGGUUGAAACUCCCCCAAAAAAGAAUUUUGAUUAGGAUAUGAACCCACAUUCUUUUUUUACGUUUUAAUGUAUCUCAAAAUAACACUAAAUAAAUAAGGCAACAGAAAACCAGUAUUGUAUGUUUUUAAGGCGAUACUAUUAGUUGGAAAAUAUAUUCCAACUAACUUUUUUAGAGAAAAUAAGGUAGUUAGAUAUUAAUUUAUUCUAGAAAAUCUGAUUUAUAUUAUUGAUGUAAAGGGCAAGUCAAAAUUCCAGUUUACCUUCAAACGAUAACUUGGUUAUCGAAUCGCGCGUCAAACAGUGUAUUUGUUGUGUGGUGUAAACAGUGUAUUCAGUAUGAAUAUCGCCAAUGGUUCAGGAAAUUCCAACUUCCUGUUAUUUUGAAAACUGAAUAUUAAAGAUUGUGAAGGACAUUGCCAAUAAUUCUAAAUAGUAUAUUAAAUAAAUCCUGAUACAAAUUUUGUCAUUGUUUAUUAAUACUCAAAUUUAAUGUUUAAAUUGAGGAUCUACUGUCAUAAUUGCUAAAAGUGCACUCCAUUUACUUACAGUGAAAUAACCCCAAUACCUAUAAUCUAUAAGAUGUUAUCUUUCGUAAUUGUUCAAAUGUGUCUGCGGAAAUAGCCGGAAAUAAGUUGUGCUGAAACGUAAAUAUUUUAAGUUCACUGACGUAAACCGUAGAUUUAAGGAAAAACUAAAGGUUUGAGGUUCGACUAUCGAGUUGACCAUUCCAUUAAACUCAUUACAAUAUUCCUCACCCGUCUUACUUUAUCAUAUACAUGUAUGUGAGGAUUUGCGUCACUGUAUUCACAUUUUCAUUCAUAUAGAAAAGCUUACGCCACUAAAAGAAAUUGUUUCGACAAUAUCUGGUUGUUGGUUAAUUUCAUAUUAUUACAAAAUGUUAUUACUCAUCCAUUCUAAAUUUUAAUUGGUAAAAUUUGUUUUUCUUACAAAAACUAUACUGUGACUGACUUCACAAGUAAAUGUAACUUGAAUUGUUGAAGAAGUAGUAUUAACUAUUACUUUACAAUCAAUAAUAAUCAGUUUCUAACUUUUACUAAGUUAUGUAUAAUCGUUCAAAGAUAAGAAGGGGUCUUUUGAAUAACACUAUAUAGGGUGUUCAGAAGUAAUAUCUAGUAUAAGUGAUUCUCCAAGUUAUCUAUUGCGUUAUGGAUAUACAGAAUAUUGAUAUUUUUGCAUGACAAAUUAUUCGUAUCACCAUUGCUUAUUUCAGACAGACAGUCUGUUUAAAUCCGAUAUGCAGAUCUAAUUUGUGUCCUCAACUUUUAUUUUCCAUAAUUUCUAUGAAAAACAAUGUGGUUCAUGGAGAUUGCAACAUCCCCCUCCCAUACAAAUAAACUUCAAAUUUCUCCAGCACAUCGCCUUAUGACCUUUUCUGUAAAACGAAUUUUACAUAUUUUUUAAACUGUGACUAAUUUAUUUGCUGUGGACUUUUUCUCUCAAAGCUGUCCAUAAAUUAGGUAUCAUAAAUAAAAUACAUAAUAAAAAAUGUUUACAGGAAUUUUUUUAUCUUAAUCAAGACGAUGAAUAAAUGAUAUAUUUCUUUUAAUCUUUGAAACACCUGUUUUUAAAAAAGAUAUUUUCGAUAUUUUAAGAAAUAAUUUUUAUUGUCUACUUAUAUCUGUUUUGUUUAUUGCAAAAUUAUUUUUAUACAUAUUCUGUAAAUAUACGUUUAUUUGUUUAUAUUGUAUGAAAUUUUUUCGAAUAAAUACUUUAUUUAGUUUU